AUGCAGCCCCAUCCGGCACAGUCAGCCAAUUCAUUCUCAAUUUACACACACCCCUUUGCUCACACUUACGCUGCCGCUGUUGCAGCCCAAGUUGCAGGGCAAUUGCCCCCGCAAACGGGCCCUGCGGCCUACUAUGCUCCCAGCCACCUACCUACACAAUUGCAACUUCAGCAGGCAUCUCAGGCUGCUGCCGUCGCCGCUUCCACAGCCUUGGGAGUUGGUCAACCGUCAGUACCGUCUGGUGUUCAGCAACUUCCUCUGCAAACUGUUCAAAUUCCACACACACAACCUCAGCAAUCACAGCAGACGCAAUCGAAUCUGUCUGUGGCCUCAUCUGCCCCUUCUGCUGUUGCUUUAGUUCCUCAGACGCAGCUCCAGUCUGCCGCAUCUCCAUCAACUCAGGCUAGUGGGCACAUCUAG